CCACAUGGUUACUCUUCCCUGCAUGCCUUUUUACACUCAGGUUAAUUGUGAUCGGAUAUUAGACAGACAGAAGUCCUAGUCUUUACUACUGUUGAGGGAUCCCUGGUUUGAUUUGAGACAGUUUGAUGAGCCGGGUCCAUGGACCCCCAACUGUCUGCCCUCCCGCUGCAGCUGCAUGGCAACAGUUUUGCUGUGAGCCCUGGACAAGUGCCAAACCUAAGCGCGGGAUACAAUGCAGGAGAAGGAGGAGGAGGAGGAGGCCAAGAAGCUGAACUUAAUCAGCAAAACAUGACCUCCUGUGCUGGUGUCAGUUGCAGGUUGAACCCAGGUGAACAGUUUGAGCGCCCACUGGAGCCCCUGGUUCACUGCCAUGCCAAGGGCAAGCUGGACCUCCAGAGCAGGAGCUGCAGUCUGCUCACCAUCUGCCGCGCAGGAGUCACUUUCCCCUGGAUGAAUCCACGGACAACUGACUCUGAACAAUCUGUCAGUGGUGCCGUGGCAGCCGGAGGACGGCUCGGUGUCAGGAGGGAGAGGACGGCCUUCACCAACAGCCAGCUGCUGGAGCUGGAGAAGGAGUUCCACUUCAGCCCGUACCUGUGUCGCCCUCGGAGGCUGGAGAUGGCGGCCGGGCUGCGGCUCACCGAUCGCCAGGUCAAGAUCUGGUUUCAGAACCGCCGGAUGAGGUACAAAAAGGAGCACAAGGAUGGGAAGGUGACGGGUUCUUCACAGUGGAACCCUUGCGUUGUUAGAACUUCUUCCUCAGAGCUCGUGGAUUACGCUCCUAUGUCUUCCUCUCUCUUUGGCUGUCACAGUGACGCCAGCAGUGGUCAGUGUAUCCACCCCUCAGACCUGCCCCAUCUGAGCUGCAUAUUUCCAUCUGUUGCAAAUGGUCCUCCGCCCUCGUGUACGGGCGCAGAUAGUCAUCACCAUGCUGGCAUUUCAAACUGGCCCUAGGGCCCCAUAAUGACCAUCCCUCCUGUGCUCAUCAAAAUCUCAAUGAUACAUCUACUUUCACGUACUUAUGAAAGACUGGAGGAUGUCUUAUUAGCAUCCCUGGGUUGAAAUCCCCUCAACGCACCCGUUCCCCAUUCAUGAAACAUUUUAAUUAAACUAUACGAACAUAUCUUAAUUAAAGGAGAGCUACAGUGAAAUCAUUUGUGUUUCUCAGGCGCGCUGACUGAAGACUGCAGGUCAAACCUGCUGCUCGUAUUGUACAGCAUGCACAAGACAUUCGAGCUAUUAAUAAUUAUAUGUUUUGCUGUAAUUUUGUGGCUGUUGCAUUUAUAUUGUCGUUGCAUGUUUAAUGCAUGUGAGAAUCAUUUUUCUAUCCCCCUCUGUUGUCAGAUAAUAGCUAAGUGGUUGUCAUAUUUUAUAAGUGUCACAUUUGGCCCCUUUUUUAAUUAUCUACUGUAAAUAGCAGGUCAUUUGUGUAAAAUGUUUUAACUGUGAAAUGGGCAUAAUAAUGUUCAUAUUGGAUGAUGUUAUAUUUUUGUUAAAGCCAUUAAAAGAUACGGCAAGUCUUUGA